AGAAAAUCUGAGCUGCGUUCAACUGUUCGAACUCUUUGAGGCUUGCAUUCAUCGACUAAGGAAGCAGAAUGUAGGCAAAGAAGAUCAAUUGAGUUCCGGAAUUCAAAGGCCGUCACUCGAUCCGUAUAAAUCGACUCGCGCUCUUUCUUCCUGGUCUUUGUGUUCAUCUGUUCUUGCCUUAUUUCUUCGCGGAAAAGUGCGAGCCCGAAUUCGUCCAGUCCGAAAUUAAGCGGGAGGAAAAAUCGUCGCCAUGAGGAAAAGGAAGCUGCCUCGAAUUCAGAGGUAGAAGAACCCGCGGGCUGCAGGCUCUCUGCGACGAGAUCAAGAUUGGCGGGUGGUUUGACGCCCCGCGGGGUGGCGAGCUGCCGGUUUUCCUAUCAGCCCCGGGUCCAUGGCCCCCGGCUGGUCACGCCUUCGCUGGUGGUGGUUCACCGCUCUGAUCCUGGCCGGAUGGUGGCCGAGAGCAAGGGCCGAUUGGACUCGCCGCGAAACCUCGGAGCGUCGCCUGGUGCCGAGGGAUUCUUCGCGAGGAACCGAGGUCCUCGUUUACCUCAGAGAGCAGUGCGAUCAAGGGACGAACAUCACGGAGAUCGGUGCCUUCCUCAGCCGGUACAAUUCGACUCUGACCCUCAGCAUGCUGCCGGAAUCCGUCACCUGCGAGACGCGUUCCCGAGGGCUUGGUGCACUCGUCAACGCCUUGGGACGCAACACCACACGGGCUCUGAUCGCAACCGUAGAACCAGACACGUGCGAAGUUGCCGCCAGGCUUGCCGACCUCUGGGACAAGCCACUGAUUACGUGGACCUGUCCACUGAGAACUGUGGAAGAGGCGGACGUGUCCUCGGUUAUCAGGCUGUCUCCGUCACUUCCAGCGAUCGCACAAACCUUGGCUGAAAUUCUUGUACACUUUCGAUGGAAAUCUGUCGCCAUGGUCAGCACAGAUCACGGGAUCUGGCCAAGCCUGGAUCACGCUAUGGUUGGUUCAUUGCGGAGUAUAGACGCAGUGCCGAGGCACCAUGUGGUCUUGUCGUCCCACGCAAUGGCCAGACAGAUUCAUGGUGCCCUCAGGCCACUCCACAACGUCCCUUGCAGAGCAAUCGUCCUCUGUCUUCCACCGGAUUCCGAACUCGCUACUCGGGUUCUGACCGAGCUUGAUGUAAUUCAGGGAAGCCAUGCUGUGGCCUCGGCCGUCAUUCUUAUCCAGACCGAGUCUCCGGACCUUUUUUUACCACCUUCGGAAGGUGGCGUGAAUCGCGCUGAAAAUGACGGCCCUUCGUCUUCCAAUUCUUCAACCUCUAAUUGGUCCCGCUCUCACUCGGAACCAAAGGCCAAAGUGACCGCAAAUAUCAGGAGAUUGUCACCUCAUCGAAAUCUCAGUGACAUCAUCCGGGAGAAUUUGCUGGUUAUGGUGCCUUUCGAUCAGAGGCACAAUGUGGAACAGGUUUACAACGGCAGUCAAACUUACCCGGAGACGACGAUAGUUGCUCGUCUUGAGGAGUGCCUUGAGAUACUGUCGAGCAGUAAUCAGGACGACCUCAGUUCCUACAACAAAAUUUACAGCUUCGUUCUGCUAGACUGGCGCGACAAUGGAUGGAAACCAGUCCUGAAGGUCACUGAGUCUGAGGAUGAACUGAUCGUCAUCGAGAUCAGCAAGGACGUCAGAACUGAUGAUGGAGUCUUCGAACCACCUUGCGACGAGGACAGAGAAUGCCCCGAUGGUGUUGACCCGUUCCGAACGACCCACGUCAUUCUGAUAAUACUGGUUUCCCUGUUCUUCGCAUUCGUCGCCAUCACGACAACCGCUUUAGUCAGGAGACACCUGCUAAAGAAAAGGAUGUCGAAGGGACCUUACAAGAUCAUCCUGACUGCCAGUGACUUCGUAUUUCCUCAGGUUCAUGACUCGCGUCGGGUGGACGAAGGAAUCGAAGCUAUGCUUUGCUGUUGGCUCCAGCAGUUGCAGGAAUUCGGUGGUCCUGAAGUUGAAAAGCCGGACCUUCUCCAGGGUAGCGUUGGAUCUUUGAAACCUCACCUGCAAGCGAGCACCGGAAGCUUGGCACGCCAUACAAUCUUUAAGGAUCACCGAGCCCGCUACAACGGGGACUUGGUCGAGCUCAAAGAGAUUCCUUGUCAAGGAGCGUUCGAGCUGAAAGGCAAAGCCAUGGACGUUAUAGUCACAAUCCACGGGCUGAGACACGAGAACUUGAACCCACUGAUAGGAUGUUUGACGGAACCAACCAGGCCUUGUCUUGUGUCCGAGUAUUGCUCCCGGGGAUCUUUGGAGGAUGUUUUGGUCCAGGACGAAAUAAAGCUUGAUUGGUCGUUUCGGUUGUCGCUGCUGACGGACCUCGUGCGGGGAAUGAAGUAUCUACACAGCAGCCCAAUUCGUAUUCACGGAUAUUUAACCUCGAGGAACUGCGUCAUCGACGCACGCUGGGUUCUGAAAGUAUCGGAUUAUGGCUUGCCGGCUUUUUACGACGCCCAAAAUGUUGUUCCGCCAGCGAAGACGGCUAGAGAUCUAUUAUGGACGGCUCCGGAACUUCUCAGGCAUUCCGGUUUGAGGAAGAGGGGCACACAACCCGGGGAUGUUUACAGUUUUGGGAUAAUCAUGCAAGAGGUUGUUGUGCGAGGCGCACCCUUUUGCAUGCUCGGAUUGUCCCCCGAAGAUAUCAUAGAAAAAGUGAAAAGACCGCCACCCCUGAUAAGGCCGUCGGUAAGCAAAGGGGCAGCACCUCCGGAGGCGAUAAAUAUCAUGAGACAAUGUUGGGCUGAGGCGACCGAUCUGCGACCGGAUUUCAACGCGGUCCACGAUCUAUUCAAAAAGCUGAAUCACGGAAGGAAGGUGAAUUUCGUCGACACGAUGUUCCAAAUGCUCGAAAAAUACUCCAACAACUUGGAGGAACUCAUCAGGGAGCGAACCGAGCAGUUGGACAUGGAGAAGAAGAAGACCGAACAGCUGCUGAACCGCAUGCUGCCUAGCUCUGUCGCAGAGAAACUUAAACUCGGUGAGCCGGUGAACCCCGAAGAAUUCCGUGAAGUGACGAUAUACUUCUCGGAUAUCGUUGGAUUCACCACCAUAUCAGCGUACUCGACUCCGUUCCAGGUUGUCGACCUCCUCAAUGACCUUUAUACCUGCUUCGAUGCCACCAUAAACGCGUAUAAUGUCUACAAGGUGGAAACGAUAGGAGACGCUUACAUGGUGGUCGGCGGAUGUCCGGUGCGAAUACCGGACCAUGCGACCCAGAUAGCGACGAUGGCUUUAGAUCUGCUUCACCAGAGCGGGAAGUUCAAGCUGCGACACUUGCCAAAGACGCAGCUGAGGCUGAGGAUUGGUCUACACACCGGACCGUGCUGUGCGGGAGUCGUUGGACUUACCAUGCCUCGGUACUGCCUCUUCGGCGACACUGUCAACACCGCUUCGAGGAUGGAGUCGACCGGUGCUGCUUGGCGUAUACACAUGAGCCAGGCAACCCGCGAUCGCCUGACGCAUGUCGGCGGCUACCAGAUCGAGUAUCGUGGGAGAACCGAGGUCAAGGGGAAGGGAAGACUGCCGACCUAUUGGCUCCUGGGGAAGCAGGGAUUUGACAAGGAACUGCCGACGCCACCGCCACUUGGGGAGAGUCACGGGCUAGACGAGAGUUUGAUAAUCGGUAACAUGCCGAUGGAGGAUCAAUCUGGACUGGAAACGCCUCAGGUAAUGAGCAUUGCAUCGGACGACGAGAGUUCUGGAGAUGGCAGCGCUUCCUUGGCGACAACGCCGGCAGGAACGGCAUCUCCAUCCGGAUUGAAAUUGUCCGGAGGAACGGAACACCUUUCGCAGGAUAGAUUUGAGGCUAGGAAUGCAUUUACGAAGAGAGUUUCGGCCUCAGUACAUGACGAGAAGUCGCUGACGACAAGCUUCUCCCUGAAGUCCAGUGACGCGGUUGAAAUUCUUCGAGACAUCGUUAAGACUCCGGAAUACAACUCGAGCGCCAAUGUCACAAAAAGCACUUCCGGCGACACUCAACUGUCACUCGGCACUCCGGUAUCAGCAACCGAAGUCGCCGCCGCUCUUCUCGGCGCUUCUACGACCUCCCUGACCUCGGUUACUGGAUCUGCUUUUCGCGGAAGGCACAGAAGGGUUGGCGUCAUCGACGAGGAUGAUCUCAGUACGCCCUACAAUCACUACAGAUGUCUUUCGCCCAAUGAACACUACGGAAAAAGCAGUGGCUGUCGGUUGCUGAAGCGGCAAUUCAGCCUCGACCGUGCUGAUGAACCUUCGUCGUUGACGGAGCCGCAGUUGAGUAGACAAACGCCUCGACUCUACAAGCAGAACAGCGCUGGAGCCGCAAACGACCUUGAACGUAUCGAAGAACACCCGGUAACUCCUGGUCCCCAGAUAUACCGACACGCAGCAUCGAUGUCUCUGUCCGUCGAGUCACUGUCUUUGCACUAGACAUCGAUCUUCAAGGUCCGGUGAGCUGCUUCGACCAUUCCAUUCGACUUUCAUCCCUCAUAUGCAUGUAGCUCACAUUUGUUUAUUAAUGUGUGACUGUUAACUUCGAAAAUGAACAGUAUCGUUGAAAUGGAUUUUCGUGGAAUGGUCAGCUUUUCAUGAAGAAGCCUUAGUACCGAAAUGGAACUUCGUAGCAGGAACCGUUUAAAGGUCUCUGACAGCAUGUGCAGGCACGACCUUGUCUUGUUUGUUUGACAAUAAUGAACUAAAUUAGUCUUUCUCUGCGAUCUUCUUAUCUCUUCUCACUCGAUGUUUUAUUCCUGCGUUUUCUGAUAGUUUUUCAAAUUAUCCAAGCAUCUAAUAAAGAAGGUUCUCAAUGUGUACCUCACCGAUUUUCUUCGAUCU